UGAAAAUCCGUGAAGUGCGUUUUUGGUCGCAUUUAUCGCGGUUGACCGCUUUCCGCGAUGCCGAUUGGCUCGCUGCCUGGCUGGCGUGGACGAGUCUAUUAUGGUGUAAUAAUGAUCGAGGGUGUAUUCCGAAAGUUCUAUUGAAAAUAUCCCUUUUAGUCAUAAGGUUGGUAGCGCUGUAACUAACUACGUUGUGUUCCGUAAUGUAAGUUAAGUUUAUGAUUAUCGUUGGCUCACGUUGGUUUGCAGUGAUCAACAAAGAGGAAUCGAAAAGCAGAAAAUGGAUUUUCAAAAAUUCCGUGGAGAUAAAAAUCAACAGCUUCAAUCACAAAAUGUUAAUAUAAAUACAAUCAAACAAUUAACAUUAUUUGAUGGAGUAUCCAGUUAUACAUUAUAUGUUUCAAAUCAAAUAUAUGAACGUGCGAUUAAAGAUUUGAGUUUUGCAACAACUCUUUUGCAUCAACAUAAAACUAUAAUAACGAAACAGGCGUCACAUUGUUUAAGUACAAAUGAUACAUUAAAUAAUUCUAAUGCUUCCGUUCAGAAAGAGAACAAUUUAAAUUUAAGUAAUUCACGUACGCAGUGGACAACUGAACAAAUUCGAUUACUAUUACAUUUAUAUGAAAAGCACUGCACAGCAUUAGACAAUAGUGAGAUAAGUAAUCGAACAUUUUGGAGAUAUCUCAAUGAAGGUUUGAAGAAUAAAGGACACAAUUUUACUGUAGAACAGUGCAAAACUAAAAUAAAUAAUAUGAAAAAAAUGUAUAAAGAUAUAAAAGAUCACAAUGCUCAAAGUGGAAAUGAUAGAAAAACUUGCGAACAUUAUGAAAUCAUGGAUAAUUUAUUUUCUAAAAAACCUUGGAUAAAACCAUUAUCUGUAGCAGGUUCAGAUAUUCCUUUAGGAAAUGAAAUAGAAGAAGACGAAAAACCAUUGAAACGCCAAAAAGUAUCACCUAGCAAAAGAACACCUUCUAAUGACAAAGAUUUUAUAGAAGCAUAUAAAAUGCAUAAACAAUUGCAGAGAGAAGCAACUGAAGAUUAUAGAAACAAAAAAUUAAAUAUUUUAAAACAGAUUGCAGACUCUACGAAGUAAUGUUACAAAAGUUUAAACUAUAAAAAGAUUAUUUGAAAAAAAAUAUAAUUAAAAUAAUUUAAUCAGUAAAAAGUAUUUUAAAUAAUGCUUUUAUAAUAAGUUUACGUUAAUGUAAUGUUAAAGUUUUUUUUUAUUUACAAUUUUAUUAUUCAUAUAAAAGCGUUGUUGAAACGCGUUCCUAAGUUGAAAAGUGCUGAAAGGCAUUGUUCCUAAAUUGUAACCAAAGGUAAUACAGUAUUAGUUAUUAUUAAGCGGUAAGAUUAUUUACUUUCAAAAUUUUAAUAAAUUACUUUUAUUUGUGUAAAGUUUUGAAUGCAAAUAGAACGUUUUUAUUUUUUGAUGGAUAUUCUUAAGCAUACGAAAUGUUUUUAUUUUUUUUAGAUAUUCUUAAGCAUACAGAAUGUUUUUAAUUUUUAUUACAUAUUCUUAAGCAUACAAAAUGUUUUUAUUUUUUGUUAGAUGUUCUUAAGAAUAAUACAAAAAGUAUCCAGACUAUAGCGCACUGGAAGCUUCUAUUAGCUGUAUUAAAAAAAAGUGAUUACACACACACACACACACACACACACACACACACACAUAUAUAUAUAUAUAUAUAUAUAUAUAUAUAUAUAUAUAUAAACGAGAACAAAAGGUAAACAGAACGCCACUUAGUGAUGUUUGAUAUCUUUAAUGAGAUAGAUAAUUGUCCGCUGCUUUUUGUUUCCCCGCAUAGGUCGUUUAUUAGUAAAUGUGAUGUAAUGGAAGUUACAGAAUGUCUUAGUAGACAAAGCAACUAUUUAGUAUUGUUCUUGUUUACUGACACUUUUGAAAUAUAUAAAAAAAGACCAAAAGCUUUUAACUUAAAGGAUCCUAAUACUAAAUGGCUUGCAAUCAAUUAAACUGAGUCAUGGAAAACAUAUUAAAAUGUCACUAAGUAUUGUAAGAAAAGUCAGAUAUAUGAGAAACUGAUCGUAAAUAUCGUUAUGUACAUGCAAAGUAUACGCGCUUGUGAUAAAAACAAUUAUAACUAAUUAUGUAAUUCUUUCUAGAAUAUAUUUUGAAAAAGACUGCAAAUAAUCUAUAACUUCUAUAAAAUAACGUUAAAGUUUUUUUUUUAUUUAUAAUUGUAGUAUAAAAGUGUUAUAGAAAAGCAUAGAAAAGCGUUGUUGCUAAGUUGUUACUGUGCAUAAAAAGUUUAGUUAUAAAAACUGUAAUCAUAUAUAAUAAUAAUGUAAUAAUAUAUUGCAAUUGAAUAAAAAGUCAAAUAUUUUUAA